AAAUAUCACGCAAGAAAACGGGUGGGGAGGGGGAAAAUACCACCCUCAAAAAACUGUCUCGGCGGGUCCGGCGGCGGCACGCGAGAAGUUCGCCGCGCGCGAGCGGGCGGGUACGAGCGAGGACAGGCUCGGGGCGGCGGCGGCAACAGCAGCGUGUGGUUUGCUGUUGGACUCCCCCCGCCCCCCACACCCCCACAGGAUGAUAUGAGACUUGAAAGAAGACGAUGCAUACAGGAGGAGAGACUUCAGCAUGCAAACCUUCAUCUGUUCGGCUUGCACCAUCGUUUUCAUUCCAUGCUGCUGGCCUUCAGAUGGCUGGACAGAUGUCCCAUUCGCAUCAGCAGUACAGUGAUCGUCGGCAGCAGAACAUAAAUGACCAACAGGUUUCUGCCUUAUCAUACACAGACCAGAUUCAGCAACCUCUAACAAACCAGAGGCGAAUGCCCCAAACUUUCCGUGAUCCAGCUACUGCUCCUUUGAGGAAACUCUCCGUAGAUUUGAUCAAAACAUACAAACAUAUUAAUGAGGUUUACUAUGCAAAAAAAAAACGGCGGCAUCAACAGGGCCAAGGAGAUGAUUCCAGUCAUAAGAAGGAGCGAAAAGUUUACAAUGAUGGCUAUGAUGAUGACAACUAUGACUACAUUGUGAAAAAUGGGGAGAAGUGGAUGGAUCGUUAUGAAAUUGACUCUCUAAUAGGCAAAGGAUCGUUUGGACAGGUUGUAAAGGCUUAUGACAGAGUGGAACAGGAAUGGGUGGCUAUUAAAAUUAUAAAAAACAAGAAGGCUUUCUUAAACCAAGCCCAGAUUGAAGUACGGUUGCUUGAGCUUAUGAACAAACAUGACACAGAGAUGAAAUACUAUAUAGUGCAUUUGAAGCGCCAUUUUAUGUUCCGAAACCAUCUCUGCUUAGUCUUCGAAAUGCUGUCCUACAAUCUGUAUGACCUGUUGCGCAACACCAACUUCCGAGGGGUCUCACUGAACCUGACACGAAAGUUUGCACAGCAGAUGUGCACUGCACUGCUUUUCCUGGCGACUCCUGAACUUAGUAUCAUUCACUGUGACCUAAAACCUGAGAAUAUCCUACUCUGUAACCCCAAACGAAGUGCUAUCAAGAUUGUUGAUUUUGGCAGUUCUUGUCAACUUGGACAGAGGAUAUACCAAUAUAUCCAGAGUCGUUUUUAUCGAUCACCAGAGGUGCUACUGGGAAUGCCUUAUGAUCUUGCCAUUGACAUGUGGUCCCUUGGGUGUAUUUUAGUUGAGAUGCACACUGGCGAGCCUCUUUUCAGUGGGGCAAAUGAGGUGGAUCAAAUGAAUAAAAUAGUGGAAGUUUUGGGGAUACCGCCUGCUCACAUUCUUGACCAAGCACCAAAAGCAAGAAAGUUCUUUGAGAAGUUGCCAGAUGGCACUUGGAACUUGAAGAAGACCAAAGAUGGAAAAAGGGAAUACAAACCACCCGGAACUCGUAAGCUUCACAAUAUACUAGGAGUUGAAACAGGAGGACCAGGUGGACGUCGUGCUGGGGAAUCGGGUCAUACUGUAGCUGACUACUUGAAGUUCAAAGACCUCAUCUUAAGGAUGCUUGAUUAUGACCCUAAGACCCGAAUUCAACCUUACUAUGCCCUACAGCAUAGUUUCUUUAAGAAAACAGCAGACGAAGGUACAAAUACAAGUAACAGUGUGUCCACGAGUCCUGCCAUGGAGCAGUCGCAGUCUUCAGGAACCACCUCUAGUACAUCUUCAAGCUCAGGUGGAUCUUCUGGAACAAGUAACAGUGGAAGGGCACGGUCAGACCCCACACACCAGCAUCGACAUAGUGGUGGACACUUCACUGCUGCUGUUCAGGCUAUGGACUGUGAAACACACAGCCCACAGGUUCGACAACAGUUUCCUCCACCACUUGGUUGGACAGCCACUGAAGCUCCUACACAGGUCACUGUUGAAAACCAUCCAGUUCAAGAAACCACCUUCCACGUAACCCCUCAACAACAGAAUGCAUUACAUCAUCAUCAUGGAAAUAGCUCUCACCACCACCACCACCACCACCACCACCACCAUCAUCAUGGACAGCAAGCCUUGGGUAGCCGGACCAGGCCAAGGGUCUACAAUUCUCCAACAAACAGCUCCUCCACCCAGGAUUCUAUGGAGGUGGGCCACAGUCACCACUCCAUGACAUCCCUGUCUUCCUCAACUACUUCUUCCUCUACAUCUUCCUCCUCUACUGGUAACCAAGGCAAUCAAGCCUAUCAGAACCGCCCAGUGGCUGCUAAUACCUUGGACUUUGGACAAAAUGGAGCUAUGGACGUGAAUUUAACAGUCUACUCUAAUCCGCGCCAAGAGACUGGCAUAGCUGGACAUCCGACGUACCAGUUUUCUGCUAAUACAGGUCCUACUCAUUACAUGACUGAAGGACACCUUGCAAGAAGGCAAGGAAUUGAUAGAGAAGAGUCUCCCAUGACAGGAGUUUGUGUUCAGCAAAGUCCUGUGGCUAGCUCGUGACUAAACUGAAACUAAGUUUGUUUCUUGUGUGUUUUUAUAGAAGUGGUGUUUUUCCAAAAACAAAGUGCAAAGCUGCUUGAAUCAGAAGGAGAUAAACUCACUGAACCGCUACAGGAGGGCAAAGCUGACUAUUUUUUUAAACUUGAAAAGAUUGCAAAGGGACAAUGAAGUUUUUGUUUUGGUUUGUUUUUUUUUUUUGUUUUUUUUUUUUUUUGUUUUUGUUUUUAAGAGCCAUGUCCGAACCCAGCUUAACGGAUAGCUUAGUGGUGUUCAACUUUUGCUUCCCCCAUUUUAACUUGCCACAACCUAGUCAUAGCUUUUUUUGGGAGGGGUUUUUCUUUGGUCUCAUUCAAGAAGGGUUAUUGUUCAAAUGUUAGUUGUAGUUGCAAACUAGUUUCUUUUUAAAGGCAUUGCACAUGACUUUUAUAUAAAGGCCCUUUGAAGCUUUUGGGUGGGAGGGGAGUAAUAUAUAUUUUUUUUAAGUUCCCCAAACAAACAUGGGCACAGAAAUGCAGUACUGUAAGAAAGAGGGACCUUCAGAUUACACAAAUAUAUAUUCUUCAGCUGUAAAAAGGGACGGUUGUUAUGGAGUUUGUAAGGCACAUUAAGCAUGCUAAGUGGCGGUGAUCAGAACUCUCCUUAUCUGAAUCUACUGAGGAUCAAAGCAGCAAUUGUAAUGGGAUUCCGUGUGUCUCAUAUUUUGGAGACCACAGUCAGUUAGUAUUGAAAUAUGACUGGUUUCAUAACUAAGAUGCACUGAGAAGCAAUCAACGGGUCGGUCCUGGCCAGUCCUGGGGAGGUCUGAGUGGUGGUCUUUGGGAUAACCUUUGGCCUUAUGGAUUUGGACUCUUAAGUUAGAAGAGCCUACCAUUUCAGAUGCAAUCACUUUUGGACAUGCUUUUGCAGACGGUCCUUAAUGCUGAAAACAUAGAGAAUGGGUAAUUCAAGAGGCCUUUCUUUUAAAAUAGACUUUUGUGACCCACUUAUUGUAAGGUAUUGCAAGGUCACUUUGCGUGUGUCAUAGAGUUGACUUCCUUAUUGGUUGAAGGUCACAGGAGUAGUGGUUUGCGUUUGAUGGAAAUAGCUACAACUGUGUCCCUUCCUGCUUUUUACUUUUUUCUUUUGCUUUUUCUCGGCACGUGGUUUCUCCACCAUUACUUCUGCACAAAGACGUCUUCUGUUCAUCCUGAACAUUUUUAAAAAUGCAGAAUUUUAUGUGACUGCUUUUUUGCCUCACAAUUAUGCUGUGAAUUUUACAAAAAUUUAUUUUCUUUUUUGAUAAUUUAUUGUACCAAAGCUGUUUUUAUAGCACAUAGAUGUCUGUAACCAAUAAUGUAGCAGUUCUGCACUUUGACACAAGGUGUAACUAGACCAUUUUUAAAUGUCAGUUAAAAUUAUGGCUGUACUAUUGCUUAAACAAAACUGGAACUGUUGUUGAAUUCAUAGCCAAUACAUUUACAGCAAUCUGUGUACUGAGCAUAAUAGAUUGACAUCUACUUCAAGACUAUAACAUCUGUUAUAUUAUAAAUGUGUUCAGGCUUCUGAAAGUAAAAGGGACACUAGAUCCAGAAGCUAUGAAACCAGCAGUUGAUUCUUGUAUUCCUUAUUAACAUAAUUGUAAACUUGAAGGCAAGACCAUGAUUGCAUGAACAGGUCCAAAAUAAUAGUCUGAGUAAAGCAAAACACUCACAUGAGACCUGAGGUUAGCAGGCUGUAUUUAACAGGUGCCUAAUUUUGGGGUAAUGCUGCCUUAAUGUAACACAGUCAACUUGGCAGUUGCAAAAUUUAUGGGCCCAUUCAAACAUUUAUUUCUCUUAGGAGUAAAAACUCAGUGAAAAGCGUUUGAAAAAAUAAGAGUAACUCACUUAUUGCCCAUCCCAGAUUAACAUUGUUUGCCCAUUAUAUAUUACAGAAGCAGUGAUCUACCUCUGCCAGUAAGCCCUUUUAAAAAUUAAUGCAGCAGAAAAAUAGCUAAGUUCAUACUGGUUAAUUCCAUGUGGCUAAAUCAUUUUUUUGACUAAAAGGUGGAAUUUUUUUAUACUUACAGUGACAACACAGCAGCUACCAUGUAAAUGCGAGUGAAUACUUGGGAUUACCAUUUUUUUGUAAAUCACAACUUUUUUAUCAAGUGAUCCAUAUUUCUUUUGUAUUGAAACAUCAACCCUGUGGAUGAAAGUGCUUUUUUUUUUUUUUUUUUUUUUUUUUAAUUCAGUAAUUCAGAAAAGUUCACAGCAGUUGAAAGGCUGUCACCUUAGAAACAGGAUACUGAGUUUAGCAAUAUAAAAAGGAAUCCAGUACUUACUGCUGUCUAGGAAUAUAAGGGUAAUAUGAAAUCUGGGUAAUUUUUGUGUGCACUGGUUGCCACACCUUAGCAAGCAUCAAAAAAUAAAGCAAUUUUAAAAUAUUUACAUAAAGAAGAACUCAUCCAGUGCUUCUGCAUACUGUGUUAUGUUACAGUCCAGUUUUGUGUGCUUUACUACACAGUUUGGUUACAGGACUUCUGUGCAUUGUAAACAUAAACAGCAUGGAAAGGUUGAAUACCUGUGUUCAGAUUGUAAGAUCUAGUCCGGACUUGCUGUGUAUAUUGUAACGUUAAAUGAAAAAGAUAAGCCCUUUGUAUUAUAGUCAUGCAGUCUUAUGUAUGAUAAACAGUUGAAUAAUUUGUCCUCA